AUGUCAUCAGCAUACCUCCAAGCUUUAAACUACAGCGACGAUCUCCUUUCUCUACCUCAACGACUCAUCUAUACGCUGUCCAAGCAGCAGAAUGUCGAUGCCCUGAUUCCAAUGGCCAUCAGAGCUAUAGUGGCAGGAGUGUUGUUCGCCGUGGUAAGGAGGGUAAUGAAGUAUACUACAGCAAGGAUAAGUCAAAUUGAGCAAAGCCUCCUUCAGACUUAUGCACACAUGUUCGAGAUUGAUACUGAUUCCCUGGGAAAAAGGAAUAAAUCAACGUUGGUAUCUUCACAUCCUCCUGGACCUUCAGGUCAGGUUUUACCUACUUAUCAACAUCCAAUGAGGAUCAGACGUAAUGGAAAUUAUCUCUGGGUUACGAGGAGAAUCAAUGGAUUUGCAGGUUCGAGGUCGAUUGAACAUUUUAGAAUACAAACAAUCGCGUUUCGUCCCCAUGUUUUGAGAGAAUUCUUAAUCUCAGCUAGAGAUUCGUUUUUCGCUAAAGAGGAAAGAGAAUUACUGAUCUUUCAUGCCAAACGAAUCAACCCUUCGUGGCAGAAUCCCGUCUCUCGACCCGCAAGACCAUGGUCUUCUGUGAUCUUACCUGGUCAGAUGAAAGAGAAACUCUUAAAGGAUGUUGAAAGGUUCUUGAGCGAUAAAGAAACUAGAUCGUAUGCUUCUAGGGGUAUUCCACAUCGGAGAGGUUACUUGUUAUAUGGUUCUCCAGGUUCUGGUAAAACCACUUUGGUCACUGCCAUAGCAAGCAAGUUGGAUUUGAAUAUAUACGUUAUCAAUCCUGCUCAACGAGGAAUGGAUGACGCGAACCUUGCCAAGCUUUUUAGAGAUCGUCCCUCUAAAAGUGUAAUCUUGAUUGAAGAUAUCGAUUGUAUCUUCCCCAAAGGGCGUAAUUACCAUGUUCACUCUUCCGAAGCCGACGACGAAGACGGACAAAGUGAAGGUGCAAUAGAAGAAGAGGCAUACGAAGCUGCAUUAGAACCGCAAACAGCCAUAGCAGCAGGAGGAGGGGGUAAACAUGACUUGGCACCUUCUACCGUUACGAUGUCGGGAUUGUUGAAUGCCAUUGAUGGUGUGUCGAGUCAAGAAGGUUGUGUGUUGGUAGCUACAACUAAUCACCCAAACCGACUUGAUCCUGCAUUAUCUCGAGCAGGAAGGUUCGACGUCAACUUGGAAUUUCGAUAUGCUAUACCUCAACAGGCCAGAGAACUGUAUCUGCAUUUUUACCCCAUGGAAGAUUUUGAAGAUUCUUCUCCACCAACUUCUUCGCAGGCUGGAUCCAGAGAUAAAGAUGAGAAAAUUACCAAGAUCCAAAACUCAGAAAAGGUUGAAGCUGAUAAGGAGGACGAGGAUGUAAGGGUAUUUAUCAAAGAUCAACAAGAACUUGAAAAUCUGGCGGAUGAAUUCGUUAAGAGCAUUUUCGAUGAUUUCCAUGUUCAAGAUCAGCAGCUCGAGACUCAAGCAUCCGACAAGAUGGAUGGUCAUAACGGUGAUGAGAAGACAACAUCGACCUUGUCAGAAAGCGUCAGGACCGAAAAUCUGAAGAUAUCACUAUCCAUGGCAUCUCUUCAAUCAUACUUACUUCAAUAUAAAGAAGAUCCAAUUUCAGCUUGUAACAACCGAAUAUCAAGAUGUGGUUGGAUAAUGAGAAAGAUGUAA